UAUGUCUUCUCCUUUAAAGAAAAGUUACAUUCAUAACUUACCCUUUCAUUCCAAAGAAACUUAUUUGCCGUUUAACAACAAUAUUUCUGUAGAGAUUACUAAAACUUACAAGAAAUGAGUUCUUGUGGGUUUUUUUGUUUGCAAAACCUAACAAAAAGAUAAAAAUUAUUUAAAUACAAAAAAUAACAACAACAACAACAUAUGUGCUAACGACCGGUAGUGGCCACAGAAGCUCACAAGGCGAUAAGCAAGCUCAACUAAAAAAUAAACACGCCUUUAUCUAAUAAGAGAAUGUAUCCAAAUUCAGUCGAGAAACGCAACAAAACCAUAAUGAACUGUUUUCGCGACCGCAAUGGAAGUCGUCCAGAUCUCACAGACACACGAUUCUAUAAUGAAAAUUUACGAAAACAUCCUUUGUCCAAGUCAAAGAGUUCUAGUCAAACAAGACUCCUGAAUCAGUGCGAUGGAAGUUGUGUACAUCAGAUAAAGGAGCUUUCCAGAAAAAUCAGCAUCCUCGAAAGAAAACAGUCAGAUGACACAAUUUACAAGAAAGAUCUAGAAGAAAAGAUAAUUGAAUUGACUAAAAAACUGGAACGGUCACAGCAAUCUUCGAUACGGUCAGAAGAAUCCUACAGAAACCCGCACGUCCCCUCCACAAAGAUGGGCAGAACUAUGAGAAAGUUGACUAAUUGGUGCAACAACAGGCCAACAAUUGAAGCCCUCAAGAAGAACAAUAUAUUUCACGAUGAACCCUGCUUCGAUACGGAACUUGAGAUGACUCUUAAGCACGAAAUUUUCACCACAAUUCCAAAAAUAGUAGUGGACUGUGUUGAUUUAAUUGAGACGCAAUUCAAAACCUCACCCUAUCCAAUUGAAGGGCUGUAUCGGGCCUCAGGAGACUACACAAAAAUUCAAGCUCUUCGAUUUAGCAUUGACUCAAAUGAUUAUGAUUCAUUAAAAUCGGUGACCAACAUACACACACUCACAGGAGUGCUGAAGCUCUUUUUGCGUGAGAUUAAAAGUCCCUUAGUGAAGCCAAAUGAGAUCAAGACUUUUAUUGGACCAUCCAAUAAAUGGAUGCUUCAACCUGUGACGAAAAAAAUUGAAAUACUUCAAAAUCUUGUCAAGACAUUGCCCGAGUGUAAUCGUGAUACUUUAAAUUAUCUAUUCUCACACUUUCAUCGUUUGACAAAAGUCCCACUGCAAAAUGUGUCUUCAGAAGUUUUGGCCAUAUCCAUAACUCCGUCGAUUCUUCACACGGCAUCACGAGAUUUGCAGCCACAGGAUUUGGCUAUCGUUUUAAAAGAGACUGAAGUAUUUGCUGAUUGUUUGGGUCUUUUGAUUGACCAUAGUACGAAAGUUUUCGGAUCGCGAAUUGACGAACGGAGUCGGAAGCGAAACUCGAAAUACUCAAGUUUUCGAAGAAGUUUGUCGCAGCCUUGUUUGGUGGUUUCUAAGGUCUUUUCAAUAUGAAUUGACCUCUGGAGAAUGUGUUUUGUUUUGUAAAUAUUGAUAAAUUAUAAGAAAACAUAAUUGAAUUGACUUAGAAAAGUAAAUAUUGUGUUGAGAAAAGU